AUGUACAGAAGCAAUAUUCGAAUGGCUAGGAUGGCAAGAAAAGCUGGCAACUUCUAUGUGCCUGAGGAACCCAGAUUGGCACUUGUCAUCAGGAUCAGAGGUAGCAGCGGUGUGAGCCCAAAGGUCCGAAAGGUGCUGCAGCUUCUUCGUCUCCUCCAGAUCUUCAGUGGCACCUUUGUGAAGCUCAACGAGCCUUCAGUCAACAUGCUGAGGCUUGUGGAACCACAUAUUGCAUGGGGGUACCCAAACCUGAAGUCAGAAAAUGAACUGAUCUACAAGUUUGGCUAUGGCAAAAUCAACAAGAAGGGAAUUGCCUUGACAGAUAACACAUGGAUUGCUCAAUCACUUGGUAAAUGUGGCAUCAUCUGUAUGGAGGAUCUGAUUCAUGAGAUCUGUUCUGUUGGAAAACGUUUCAGAGAAGCAAACAACUUCCCGUGA